UGCAAGCACCUGCCAGCUCGGGACUUUCUGUAGUAGCCGAACUUGGAGAGCGGAGGGAAGAAGGAGAGCAAGAGCAGAGUAACUGCGUGCACGGCAAGAAAGCCCGAUAUCUGGUCCUGCGCAAACCGUGAAUAACAACUGGAUUUUUUUUUCUUUCUCCUGUUUUGCUUGUUAAAACUGGCUGUUUUCAGCACGCAAGGUUACAUGUGAGGACAAGAAUUCAGGUUAAAGAAUUGUAAAUUAUUUCGUCCAUCAGAAAGGUCUAGACAGAUUUAAAGUGAUUUCAGGAAAGAAAGGCGGAGGGGAGAAGCCUGGAGAAGAGAAAUUUGAUGUGUGGAGUUUGAACAGGAUCAAUCUGGGAGUCACCUCUCUGCAGCUCCUUUCUACGGGACUUCAAGUCCAGGAUCGCAAUUCCACACCUUGAAAAUGGUGGUUUUCAUCAACAUAAAGCUUAAAUCUCUCAUGAAACUUUUCAAGAGAAAGACUGUUUCCAACCUAGAUGAAGAGAGUAGAUGGUCUGUGCACUAUACUGCUCCAUGGCACCAGCAGGAAAAUGUCUUCCUACCCUCCUCAAGACCACCUUGUGUGGAGGACCUGCACAGACAAGCCAAGCUGAACCUCAAGUCAGUACUGAGAGAGUGUGACAAGCUGCGGCGGGAUGGCUACCGGAGCUCACAGUAUUACUCUCAGGGCCCCACCUUCUCCUCGUCCUCCAGUGCAAUCUGUGGAAGUUACCAGGAUGAUUAUGAAGAAAUUGAACAAAAGUGUCCUGUCUCUCCCCCUGAAGAGGAAAAGCUUAUUACCAUCAAAAGGCCUAAAAGUCCAGCUUCAAAUGAGUUAUCAGAUAUCAACACCCAAACCAACUGGACUAAGUCACUCCCACUGCCAACUCCAGAAGAGAAAAUGCGACAACAAGCACAGGCCGUUCAAACAGAUGUGGUUCCUAUUAAUGUGACUGGGGAGAAUUUCGACCGCCAGGCCAGCAUUCGGCGGUCUCUAAUUUACACAGACACGGUGGUAAGACGGCCGAAGAAAGUCAAAAGGAGAAAGACUAUUACAGGAAUCCCUGACAACAUACAAAAGGAGCUAGCAGUUGGCGCUGGCCAAAGUGAUUUCCGAGGGCAUUCGAUGUAUGUCCCAGAUCACUGUUCCACACUAGGGAGACUAGACAGCUAUCGCUCUGCUAUGCAGCGCUCGGAAACCAAGGACACCAGCUGCCAGACGGAGGAAGUUAAAGUUGUGCCCCCUUCAAUGAGAAGAAUAAGAGCACAGAAAGGACAAGGCAUUGCAGCCCAGAUGUCUCAGUUCUCCAGCUCAUCUGGAAACAUGUCAGUGAUGAGUGAUUCUGCUGCAGUUAUAUUUGCUUCUCGCCCAAAUAGCGACAUAGGUUUUCACAGCUUGCCUCGAGUUGGUGCAAGAGUAUCUCUGCAGUCCCUAGACCAGACACAGAGCAUCUCUAGGCAGACGGAAGACAUUGCUGGCACUUUAACUCACCAGAUAAGUAAAUUGCAAGUGGAUGAUAGCGUUGUGCAUCUGAGGAAUAAUCCCACGAUGGGGACACUGUCGAGGCCAAAGUCUCAAGAGGUGAGAAGCUGUGAUAGUGAGAAGUCUGCAAGCCCAGCAUGUGUGGUCUCUCCUCAUGCCACCUACUCAACGAGCAUCAUACCCAAUGCAACACUGUCAUCCUCCUCAGAAGUUAUCAUUAUUCAUGCUGCCCAGAGUGUUGGUUCAUUGGACAGUAAAAUAAACAGCUCCACUGCCUACCCAAAUCCAAGAGACAAUCCUGUUACCAGCAGUGCAAUAAGUGGGAAAGAAGACCACCACUCUUCAAGUGGUAACUGGAGUGAGAGUAGCUCCACACGUCACUCACAGACUUCAGAUACCAUCCCAUCUAAUACUGUCAUGAUGCUUUCUCUUGGUGACUCUGCUGUCUCUCUUAGCACUCCUGGGAAUGCAGAGGCUGGGUCUCAGACCACAAGCUACAGCUGCAGGAACAAUGUUGCUUUACCAAACCCUUCCCAGGACAGCGAUGGUAGGAGUGAAUCUAGCUAUUCCGGGGAGCGAGCACAGGCAACAGUAGACAGCACAGAGCAUUGGUUGUACAAGUCUUCAGAAAACAGUGAGACUCCUUCACACAAGGUGGUUUGUACCACACCAGGCUGUGCCACUCCUGGUAGCAACCUGAGCAGCAGCAGCCUGGAGAGGACAUCAGUCAGGGAUGAUUCUACUUCUGUGUAUUCUGUUGACCAUGAUGGUUAUUACAGUUCCAUGCAUAUGGACUCUGGGCUGAAGUCAGACAUGCCAUGCAAUAAUACUAAUGGUUUUGGGAAUCCCAGAGACAGUGUGAUAAAUGUCUUCGAAGGAAAGGAGAAGAAACAGCAGGUUGACCAGUCAGGCCAAGGUGACAAAUCUCUUGCAAGAAACAUCUCUCUGAAAAAGGCCAAGAAACCGCCUUUGCCACCGUCCAGAACAGACUCGCUCAGAAGGAUGCCUAAGAAAAAAGUCCAAUCCAGUGGACAGGUACUUGAUGAAACCCUCAUUGCCACCCUCCAGCAUUCUCUGCAGUUAAAUCUCAAGUGCAAAAAUGGCAGCUCCCCUUCCCAGAGCCCCUCCAGUGAUUAUGAGGAUCCCUGGGUGUUGCGCUCCCGCAGCCAAAGCUCGGUCAGUGCAAGCAGCAGCAUGAUGUCCACCACUGCUCCAAACCUUUACUCCAUCUGCACAGUCACUCCCUCACAGAGUGAAACAAGUAGCAUCAAGUCAGAGUAUGCUGACCAGUGGGGCUAUUACAGCGACUAUGCCGCAGUGGCAGACGACCAGGUGAAAUCCCCAGUGACCCAUUCUGUCAGUACAUCGUCUGCUCUCAGCGAUUACAGCAUCAGCCACUUCAGUGAUGGCUCAAGGGCUUCUGUGCCACAAGUGCCCAGUGGGCUGGCGAAACCAAAGAGCACUUCUCCGGAGAAAUCCCACCGAGUCACGUCGCCAUCGAGUGGGUACUCCAGCCAGUCCAAUACACCCACUGCGCUUACUCCAGUGCCUGUACUUUUAAAACCUGCAUCAUCAGGAAAUGGGAAAUCCAAGCUGAAGCCUAAAGUGCCUGAGAGGAAAUCCUCUCUUCUGUCUUCAGUUUCCAUGUCUUCAUCCUCCACUUCUCUUUCUUCAAAUACAUCUACCGAAGGGAGCGUGAGUGUGAAGAAAUUGGACCCCGCCCUGAGCCCUCCUCCAGAUUCUGGUGCACCUCCUCUGCCACCUCCUCUUUCAACACCUCCACAUUGCCCCGAACUUUCUCCUCCCCCUCCUCCUCCUCCAGCAGAAGUCAUGGAUUUGUCACCAUUGCCAGCCUCUCCCACAUUCCCCCCUCCUCCACCAGAAGCUAAUGUAAAUUCUUCCUUUGCUCAGACUGUCCCAUGGUUACAGCAAGAAGCUUCCAUCAGUUCAUUCUCUUCCCCUGUUCCUCCUCCUCCUACUUGCCCCUUAGCUGUCCCACCACCAGCACCACCUCUUGAUCCCAAGUUAACAAAAGGUGCAACAAUAUACCCACAGUAUUCUUUUAAGAAACGCAACCAGGAAGAUUCUUGCUACAGUCCAGUGAAACAGGCACUCAACAAGCAAGACUCAUCGAGACCUGUGAUGCCAUUAGUAACUACCAAAGCAUUGCAAAUGGUGCAGUUGAGGUCUGUGAAAAAAGUGACAGAAGGUGAACCAUCACCUGAAUCUGCUUCUGAAGCCAUGUCUGAGGAGAAGGGUACUGUAAAUUCAUCGUCACAGUCUUCCCUAAAGCCAUCUCUCUCACUGAGACUCAGUAGCAGCUUAGGCAACGAGGAAAUGAAAACUCAAGGCACUUCAUUUAAAAAUGCAGUUCAAACGCUGUCUCGGGGUUCUCCUCUCAUUCUCUCUGAUAACACACCUGCGCUUGACAGUGAUCAAAAGCCUGUGAGUGCAGUAGGUCUAAAAAAGUCUUCUGAAGCCUAUGCACUGGGGACAGCUACUGAUGACACACCUGAGUCUUCAGUGCAGAGUGAAGACCUCCCUUCUGGCAUGUCACUUCAGGGGUCACCAGCAUCUCCUGACAAGGUUCAGGUCAUAUUGCCAAGCAAGAAACCACCUCCUAUUUCUAAGAAACCUAAACUGUUCCUUGUUGUACCACCUCCACAGUUAGAUCUUACAGUGGAGAAAGCAGCUGAAGUGAGUGAUACUGUCAGAAGCACAUCAAGUCCGACUAAGAGAGACACUGUGCUUGCACACUGCGAGGAGGCGAGAAAUUGUCUUACAGAUGGACUCGGUUCUAGCGAGAUGGACUCUGGCAGCCUGGUUCCUGAGGGAGGAGCUGCUGGAUUCACCUUCUCUGAGGCAGGGGGAGCGAAUGCCUUUGUGGUACAGCCUGCUGCAUCACCAGUUCAAGAAGAGCCCAGGCAGGAGGAGCAGUCUGCUUUUGAUGAAGGAAGCAGUUCAGGCAGCAGCCAAGACAGCGGCAGUAAUGCUGACGGGCACCUAUCUCAAGAGAACGAAAGUGUGGAGGUGUUUGAAUCAGAUACAGCAAAUAGUUCAUUUCUGCCAAGCUGUAGUUAUGGGGAAGAGACGGAUGGAGUGGCAACGCCAGCAAGACCAAGGACUACUGAAGAUCUUUUUGCAGCCAUUCACAGAUCCAAAAGGAAAGUCCUUGGCCGUAAAGAUUCUGAAGAUGACCGUACCCGCAACCAUUCUCCGUCGCCCCCCGUAACUCCCACUGGUGCUUCCCCAAAUUUAGCUACCCUCAAACAAGCUGGAUCUAUUCAGAGAAGUGUUCGCAAGAGCAGCACCAGCAAUGACAACUUCAAAGCCCUGCUGCUGAAGAAAGGGAGCCGCUGUGACACCAGUUCCCGGAUGUCUGCGGCAGAGAUGUUGAAGAAUACGGACCCGCGGUUCCACCGGACAAAGACAGAUGCCCCUGCUGACCUUUCUGACAGCCCUGCCAGCUGCUCACCCAGCAAGAGCAAACGGGCCCAGGAAGAGUGGGCCAAGAGUGAGGGCCUGAUGCCAAGGAGUAUGUCUUUCUCUGGCACUAGGUAUGGCCGGUCAAGAACACCCCCGUCUGCUGCCAGCAGCAAGUACAACGUCCGCAACCGCAUUCAGAGCAGCCCCAUGACUGUCAUUAGUGAAGGAGAUGGGGAAGUGGUGGAACAGUCAGAGGGCAGGGUCCGGAGAACUUUGGAAGAGCAGCAAGAGAGGCAGCUUGAUAUGUUUAACAGUGAUGAAAUGGACAUGAAUGAUUUUGCAUAUGUUGAGGAGGCAGGUUGCAAGGAGACCUUGGAUCCAGCCCAUCUAGACUUAAUGACUCAACCAGGUACUUCAAGGAAGUAUCUAAGCCCUUCAGCUGAAGAAAGUUAAAAGGCAGUGUGACAGAAGGCUUUGGCUAUUAGUCUAGAAAAUCACAGAGGACUAGAUUCCCGAAGAAAGCCCAGACCAGGACAAGUUUACUUUGCUGAGCAUUUAUUCCAUGAACUGCAUGUGUAUGUUUAAAUGCUAAAGCGAUGGUGGUUCUGCAUGGUUGGGUUGGGUUGGGGAGCACUUGCUUUGAAUGAGUGGUCUGUAGCUUAAAGAAAGUUAACAGUUGAAUUUUUUGUGUAAACCCUUAGAAGUCCUCUUGUGGGGUGGGAGGGAAGUUUUCUCAGAGUCUAUAGGGGUGUGAUGUUUUUCUUUUUCUUGAGACUGCAGUUGUGCAAGAAAAAUUUAGGAAUAAGCCUGAAAUGGGAAGGCUCCUGUGGUACAAGCUGGAUAUUUGGUUCAAAAGCCUUGUAGUGGUGCAGCGUAGUGCAUAUGUUAAGCAGAGAGAGGCACAGUGAGGCCCAUUCAACUAUGAGAAGGUAGUAGGGUUGGUGCUGGGGUUGCAUGGCUUAUUACUGGGUUGUGACCCAGUGUUCGAUGAAGCGUGUCCUGCUUGAGCAAUUAGCUCACCAGGUUUUGAAUUGGUCCAGGGUACUGUACUUUUUACUCUUUUUCCUGAGGGAAAAUGAAAUACAUAGUUAACAUGGAAAAGGGAGCUGAGUUUUAUAGCACACUACUAGCUGCUGUGCAGCCACACACAUAUGCUUGGUGAAACACUCAUUUCCAAGUGAAUUGCUUUCUUGACUGGAGUAUUCCCUUAGAGAACUGGAACAACUGGAUGUCUGCAGAGGAUGCAAGCAGACAACAGGAAAGUGGGAGAGGAAUGAAGCAGUGUACUACCAGAAUUUGGAAGGGUUACUAUUGUGGUUUAGGAAUGAUAUUCCCUAAUUUAGUCUUCCCACUGAAACACUCUAAACCGUGUGCCACUCCCUCCCUCCUUCCUCCCCUUCCCCACUGCUGAGGGCUGGAGAGGAGAAUUGAAGGCACAAAAGGCUAGGAUCACGGGUUGAGAUAAGGACAAUUGACUGAAAACAGCAAUGAGAUAAGAAAACAGUAACAGCAACAAUACUAAUGACAGAGUGUAGGAGAAGCCCAGUAAUACAUGAACCUCAGCCACACUACCCAGACUCGAAGAGCCCCCCGUUCCCUGCCCCUGGUAAUGAUGUGAGGUGGUAUAGGAUAACUGCCCCUCCUGGCUACUGCGGAAUUUAACCCUGUCCUGGCCGGAACCAGGACGGUUAGAUUUCUGAAUUAGAAAGCAAAGUUUGACUUUUAGAACUUGCACUACAAAGCUGUAGGUGGAGCCCGUCUUUCAAAACUGAAACUUGGGAGUUGUGUUUUGCCAGAAGUCUUGUCUUCCAUUUGUCAAAACAGGAAGACUAUUACUUUUCAUCACUUGAAAUACAGAUACUUGCUAACUUUUGGUUACCAAAGAAUAAGUUACAAUUACUUUAGUUUUUGAUUUGCCUGCAGUAUUUCUCUUCUUUUUUAACCUUAAUAAUUUAGUGAGGUUCAUUUUUAUUGUAUAUUUUACAGAUAAUAAAAACAUUUAACGGUUUCCCAGUUGUAAAGAAAAUUAAUUAAAACUGAAAUAUUGGCUGGAGUUUUUGGUUCUUAGUAGGAGUGAAGCUUUUAAUUUUUAAGAAGAAUUUUACAUCAUUUGAUGGCAUGCGCAGUUUUUGUAUUGUUUGUAAAUAUUGAAAGUUGUUAAAAUAUCUUUUGAUCUCCGUACCAUAGAAUUUAUACAUUUUUAGAUUGCUUUUAAGAAGAAAAAGCACUCUUUGUAGAUUAUUUAUUUUAGAGAAAUAUGCUUGUAAUCUCUUUCUUCAACCCUUUACUUGUUAGCAAUGUAAAUUUCAGGGGCCUUCGUUUAACUCUUCCCUUCAUAAGAGGGGAAUAGUGCUGAAAAUGCUGUGACUUUGCUUCAAUAAAGAAAAAGCCUGCCAGUUGCCAUAUUGUCUUUUGAAUUGAUUAAAAUCUCCUUCAAAAGAUGUGUCCCACAGUGUAUGGCAACCCACUGAAUGCCAUAAUCCAUGCAUCCAGCUACUAAUCUCCCAUUUUUCAUUGCAAAAUUUACUAAUUCACUUUAGAGACAAUUAAAGUGUACUUACAUAUACAUUCCAUUUUGGCAUCUCAAUUCUGAGACUAAAAAAAUUGAAAUAGUACUAAACUUUUUCCAGUGUCAUGUGUGAAUGUUUCUACUAUUUCUUUCCUACUUGCAACCUGUCCCAGAAAACUAAAAUUCUUGGAGAACUAGAUUAUAAGCAGAGUAAGCAAGAACUAAAAUGAAGUGGAGAGGGUGAAUUCAACUGCACUCAGUGGAACAAGGGUGGGAUUAACUGGUGCACAGUAAAAUUUCUGCCAUUUUUAUGUGCUAACUAUAUUUAAAGAACCAUUGGAUUUUUUAAAUUAAAUUAAAACCUGAUUGGAUAAAGUAGAUUGUUUCAGAUAUUAUUAACACAGAUCUGAACUACAUUCUGUUGCAAAGAGUGCAAAACAUUCUGCCACUGCUAAGCAUCUCAAGAGUCUUGAUUUUGUGUACCUCCCAGAGAUGACCACAUGAAACAUGAAAGGGCAAUAUCCUUUUCACAGCAGGUACUGUUCCUUUCAAAGCUAUGCAUAAAUACUAGCUAGUCCUUACACCACCAUCCUGACAGGAAAAUACUCAGGCUUUGUUUUAUUGUUUACAAUAAAAUAAAAAUGGCUGCACUGGAGAAAAUUACAGCAGCGUUGUGCAUAAAAUGCCUGUAGGAGAGAGCUUAGCUAGCUAAUUCCGUGGUUCCCUUAUGUUUGCCAGAUGAUACUGCCAGUCACUUUUAUAGGCUAUAUGGGGAACUCUUUGGAAAGUCCCAGCUUAAAUGUACAUCUUGUCAAUGCAGGUAGGUGAGAUUAAACUUCAGUGUAGCAUGGGCUGAAUUUCUUCUCUGGGCACAGGGGGUAGCCUUUAUGCUCAUCUAAAACCCUCAUCUGGUGUAAGGUGAUUUGGGUUGAAGCUCAGGUUUUGGCUAGUAUGCAGAAAGCAGUGUUCAUGUAGCCUUACUGAUAUUGCUACUGACUACAUUUUGCACAAUAUAAGAUGGAGUGAGAUACAUUAAAUGUGCUGAAUUAUGUUUAAUGGUGCUUAUAAUACUUCGGUAACUGAUGUAACUUUCUUGGGGAGGCAUCACUGUGUCAUCUCCCCACUGCAUCAUCCUCUGUAGCAGCACACAGAACUGGUUAGUAGCUCAGUUUUCUCAGCAGUACAGUCCUUGGACCAAGUUUUCACUGCAAAACCUUAAGAGCAUGACAGCUUUAGGCUAUGUUUUAUGUACUUGCAACAGCUUUAGUGUGUAUGUAUUUGUAGUAAGAAAAACAUACUUAAAUUUUUGUCACAUUUGCAGCUUCAAAGUUACUUUCUUCUAUAAUAAGGAUCCUCCAUAGGGAGGUGUUGCAGUUGUGGCUAUAUUGGUCAACAGGUGUAGAUUAAGUUUUGUAAACCUCAGCUAAAGAUAUCUAGAGCAGUGGGAGAGGAGCACACAUACACAAACUUGGCUGUGCUAAAGAGAAAAAGCAGACUUGUCAUCCUGAUGCUUAAUGUAUCAUGCUGUUAUAGGGGUUGUUCAGAGUUUACAGUUGGUUUACAGUUUGCCUCUAAAACAAGAAUCAUUAUUGAAGCUAGAUGUGAGAUUAAUAUCUGAUUUAGCUCUUACUGAAUGUGGUUUUCAAUUUCAGUCUUUUUCUAAAUUUUGCCCUGUAUGAACUCAUUCCAUGCUUCACCUGUUUAUGUUCAAAGUUCGUUCUUACUGCUGUAAGAUGUAGGCAGCCCCAAUCCCCCUGAGAAUUAGAGCCCUCCAGUUAUUACAUUAAUAUAUUCAUAAGGCUCUGGGGCAUUUGCAAGUCUUCACUACUGUUUGUAUGUUGAAGAGGAGAAUUUAUUACCUUAAUCGAAAGGAUGGAGGUUAUGCAAGGAGCAAUAGCUUGGUGAGAGGAGGUUUGGAAGGCUACUGGUAAUCAAUGAAAAGAAUUGGAAAAGAAGUGGAUUUGAUGAAGACGGGAUUUUGAGGAAACAGGACUUGAUGCUGGUUCAUGCAUAAGGCUUGGCCUGAAAGAAGGCACAGAAUAAUGGCAGAAAAGGUGAAGCAGGGAAAUUACUGAGAAGUGCAGUGAAUGCACAGAGUAAGGUACGGGGCGGGCAGGCAGAUUCUUGAAGAUAAAGAAGUUUCAGCAAGUACGGAAGAGAGAAAAAGGCGAAGGAACAAUGGAAUAGUCACAGAAAGAAGAAAGAAAAAUUUUAGCCCAUGUGUUUCCUCCUAAUUCAAAGGGUAUAGAAGGCCAAAGUCAGUCAAAUAUGGGGAAAAACCCAACCCAACAUUUUAGAAGAGGAAAACAACCAAAUUGGGUGAGCUUAGUGAAACAAUAAUAGGCUGAAGUGAGGAAUGCUCUAGGAUACCACAGGCAACAUUGAGUGGGUGGCUAUGGGCUUGAGCACAACUCUUGGAAAGGUUCUGUACAGAAACACCAUGCCUGAAAUCUGGAAAGAGUAAGGGGGAUUAGGAAGAUUAAAGCUCAGAUUCAUCCUGCCUAAUUUCUACCAACUACUCUGCGUCCAGUGAUUUCAGUGGACUGGCUACAGGUCUUCAGACACCUGUGUUUGGAUAACUUGCUAAACUUUCAGUAAUUUCCUGAAGCAAAGAGGCCACUCAUGCAUGCAGCACAGGGAUGGGUGUGUUCGUACUACUGCAAGCAAAUAGAUCUUGAAAGGUGUCGUUUGGAUACCACAAAGUUCUGGAAAAAACAUUUAUAGCAGCAGUCUCUGUUCCAACAAAGUUGUUGCUACAGUACACUUAAGUGAUUCAAGAUGAUGCAUUGUUUGGUUCUAUAAGAGAGAAUUAAAAGGGUGAACUUCAAUGGUAAAACAACAUAAUACAAAAAUUACAGUGGCAAUGAGGAAUCGUUUUAUCUGUUCAAAAUAACUUCAGUACUCACAAAAGAGAACACAACAGCUGUAUAAUGUCAUUGGUAUUUUUCUGAGUUCCCCACUUAAAGUUUAUUUUCUAAGUAACUUUCAGAAGAGAUUUCUUACAUGUUUAAAACUAAAAGUCUUGAUAAUUUUCUUUGUUCUGAAAAGGUGUUAUCAACUUUAAAUCAGAGUGCAGCAUUAAAAUCUUGCAGCUAUUCAGUGUUGGAUCCUGACUGUGGCUAUACUGCUGUGAAUUAAUAAACACUCAACAGAGUAAAAUACAAAGGUGUUUGAUAAAGUUGUGCUAUGCCAUAUAUCAUCCUGAAAAACUGGGUAAAAGCCUUGAUAGUGCUUCCCCAGCAGAAUGUGGGUACAUUUUAUGUUGCAAAUUUAGCUCUUUGCAGUUGGGUUCUUUCACGUAAUGCGAAACCAACCUUUUAAGGGCCAAUCAAUUCUCCCAGCAAUGCUAAUGGAAAAUGUCAUUGAUUUUCAGUAGCGAAUUGUUUGUUAAUAGUGAAUCCAAAUGUAUGUGUAUAUGCAUGGGGGGAGGUGUAUACAGAAGAGAGAAAGUUCAACACAAUGUACAUGAGUUGCCCUUGUCUGUAGUAUACUGCUCUAUUUGUGCACCAUCCUUCAGUAUAAAACCAGAAAUUUUAGCUACUGAAGGGGAAAAAAAAAAAA